AUGCAGCGACUUAGAGGCGCAGGGACCGUAAUUUCGCGCUCUCUACCCGUGACCCAGUUAAGGAAGAAAGCUUUCAGAUCAUGGGCAGCUGUUCAGGACACUUAUUUUUCAACUAAGGAUAUAUUUGAAACGCAUAAGGUUGUAUUUACAGUUGGAACUUCCAUAGCUUCAGUCGCCACAGCAUGGUUUGGAUAUACUAUACGUCAUGUACAUGAAUCAAGAGUUGAUCAAAGGCUCGAAUCAAUCGAAAAAGCUAUGAAAAACAAUCAUAAUCUGGAACAUUCAGAAAUUAGAAACAUUGUUAAUUCUGGAAGUAUUGGUGUUCCUUCAUGCAUAGCCACUGCCGGAACCACUUUGGUUGUCGGUUACGCUUUGGGUUGGCGAGGUGGAAGGUGGUAUGCAAAUAGGAAGUUCAAAAGGGAGCAGAUGAAAUUGCUAGGGCAAAUUAAACCUAAAAGGUGGCAAUUGCUCAGGAGAUCAUUGAUCAGACCAAGAACUCAAGACAAUGUAGUCAAAACUUUGGAGAAGAUAAAGGACACUCAUACCCCACCUAAUUUUGGAGAAUCGCACCAAUCUUGUUAG